CCACUUCGCGCAUAUAUUACUCGGUGCGGGAGGCGUAUUUAUUCAUUCAAUCCAGGUACAGCGGAAGCUGUUUUACGUCCCGAGCGUUUGGCUGCUUCUAUUUGUGUGCUCCCUUCGCUAAGGAUUAUCAGAUUGGUUCGUUCCAAACAGCAUUAGAGCUAGCGCUGCCGCAGCUGCAGUUACAUCAAAGCUUUUACCUCUGCAAAGUCAGAUCGACUGGAAACUCUGGAUUAAACGGUCACGUAUUUUUGCAGCCGAUAGAGUACUGUUUCGUUACGCGCAUUUUUGCGGGAUACAUUUAAACAGACGUCUGUACAAAAAAAAAACAGUUACCACCAAGGGUAAGUCAAUCUGUCGAACAUAACCUUGGACAAAGAAACGUAUCGUCCAUUUAAAUUGAGAUGUGAUUAUUUGCGUGAAAAGGAUACGGGGACACAGGAACAUUUGUGAUUAUAUUUAAACGCAGCGAAGUGCAUGAAAAAUAGCUAACUGGAGGACGCGAGUAUCCUAUCCGCAGCCAUAUCCGCACAACUGCAGUCAACAACAUCACCGACCUGUCAAAUUUGCUGCAACGAAGAGCCGGGAAUUGCACCGAAUUGAUUUUAGUAUCGUUUGCGUAACAAAGUAAUUACAUAACGUAACGCAUUUGACGGAAUUGUUAUAUGAUUAGCCAGCUUUAUUGUGUAACUUAAUUUUCUAUAAUGGCUUUUGUGCUUUCGUUCUGAGCUCGUUGAAACGAUGCACUGAAAUCGGGGGGCUUCAUGCAAUCGCCCAGUGGUUAUCUUCAGAGGCUGCAGUAGGCAAGGUAUUUUUUCGUCGGUAUUAAAGCUAACACCAUUCUGGAAAUUUAGUGAACACGACCUGAAAGUCAAGCGGAAUAAUGGCCACUCUUCUACGGAAAAUAGGUCUCAUUCGGCUUCAUGAUCGAGACACGGAGGAUCCGAAGCAUCACCAAGGCUCCCUAAAAGGAACGAAAGGAAACCAGAAAAAUAACAACAUUAAGCACUGCAACACCAGCAACAACGAGAGCAACAUUCUCAGCACUCCUGAAAUAAAAACCAAGAAAUCGGAGCAAUCCAGUAAAGACAAGCCGACCGGUAAGGAUAAACAGGGCAAGGACAUGAAGGAAAAACAGCAAGGAGGUGGCAAGGCGACCAGUACCUCGCUACCACCGUUAGCGCCGCACAGACAGCAUUGCACCCAGGUUCGGACGAGGAGAUUGAUGAAAGAACUGCAAGAAAUCCGGAGGCUAGGUGACAACUUUAUAACGGUCGAAUUGGCCGACGACAACCUCUUUGACUGGAAUGUGAAGUUACACCAAGUGGACAAAGACUCUGCCCUCUGGCAGGAUAUGAAAGAAACCAACACCGAGUAUAUAUUGCUGAAUGUGUCUUUCCCCGACAAUUUCCCUUUCUCCCCACCUUUCAUGCGGGUUCUCAGCCCCAGGUUGGAGAACGGCUACGUACUCGACGGAGGAGCUAUUUGCAUGGAGUUGUUGACACCCCGCGGAUGGUCCAGUGCUUACACAGUGGAGGCGGUGAUGAGACAGUUCGCAGCGAGUCUCGUAAAAGGACAGGGCCGAAUCUGCAGGAAAGCGGGGAAAUCCAAGAAAGCCUUCAGCCGCAAGGAAGCAGAGGCCACCUUCAAGAGCCUGGUGAAGACCCACGAGAAGUACGGCUGGGUGUCCCCUCCCGUUUCCGAUGGCUGAGAUGGAGGUCGCAACCCCUCACCCCCCCCACCCCCCCCACCCCAGCCCUGCUCCUUUCCCACCAAACUUUAAAAAGAAAAAAAAGAAGAAAAAAAAAGAAAGCUACCAUCCCGUCCCCUGUGCCGCACGUCCCAUUGUCGUAUUCUUUUGACGUACUCUCAUCUAGGUGCCUGUGGAGCACAUGGUGACAUUUUUAAUUUAUUCAUGAGCAGAUGUGUUUACAGGUAAACAUCGCCUUUUGGCGGAUCGUGUUUCAAAAACUGGAUCUGGCCCUGCAGAAGUGAUAGUCCUGCUGAUGUCAAGACGCCCUCCUUUCAACUGACCCUUCCUCUCUUCUGCCUGAUAAUUCCUCCCACCAGGCCCUCUGCAUUAUGCGUGUUUGCCCUCCUCCUCCUCCUCCUCCUCCUCUCUCUCUCUCGCCGUGUUCCAACGCACUGCCAUGAACAGCAUCAGAGUUUCCAUCCGCUGCUGCUCCUCUCAUUUCCAUGCAAAUGAACUGUUAAUAUUUAAUAGACAGGCAGUACGUUCCAGGUUCACUUCUUUUCGCAGUGCUGUUUUUCACAGUUCAAUGCAACUUGAAGAUUGUAAUUUAUGUGGAGCUGUGCUCUCUUUCUGUCUUUCUCUCUCUCUCUCUCUCUAUCUCUCUCGCUCUUUCUUGUUCUCUCUGUCUUUUUGUCUCUUGUGGCUAAAUUUAGACAUCACUGUGUUAUGUAGAUGGUCAUUGAUUUCCAAUGAGGAAUUUAUUUUGCUUAUGCUGAAGUACUGUAAUGAUAAAAAAAAAAUGGCAAUGAACCACUCCUCUUUGUUGAUAUUAUCAUGCAUUUUGGAGAAGACAAAGAAUAUGAAGGUCUGAUGAUUUAGAUACCAGAUGGCUGUUGAUUGUGGAUCCCAGUUGGUGGGAUGUACGUGUAUGUGUGCGUGUGGGAGUGUGUGAGCGAGAGCAGUCGAGCAUGUGGGGCUUGACACAGACAUGCAGAUUCAUGAAAUCGGUCCCUUAAAAACAGUGUAUGAAAUUGGCUUGUUGCAGAUUGGUAUAAGCUCGCUUUUUUAAAAUUACACUACUCAACUGAGCCAAGAAGAAAUUGGCCUCAAUUAGCACCUUGGAGGUGUUGUUACAUGUGCUUUGUGUUUUUUUUUUCCUUGCUGUGAAAUGGCACAAAAGCUGGUAGCUUUCCAGGAGAAAUGGAGUCUGUAAUAGGCGUACCGAGCCAUGUCGUUGUUGUUUAAUGGUGUUGUGCUACACUGAUUCUUUCACUCUCUUCUUUUCUCUGGGUAGUUUGGUGGCGCUAGUGCACUGUUUCCUCGCCUGGCUUUCCUGUGUAAGAGCUGUGGUAGUUGAUUAAAGAGAGCUGUAGAACAGAUGGCUGGGUGGCAGUCGUGUUCAUUUCCAAUGCUAACUGCGGUACCUGCUGCCACUAACCGUAACGGACGAAGAUGGAUAAGACUGACCCACAGGACAUCUCUGUACAACACGAAUGUGAGUCGUGUGGGAAUUUGAUUGAUGUGCCAAGAGUCUUGCAUGAGAAGCCUCGGGUUUUAUUAGGUGCCCCUUGGCAAGAUGGCAAGAUGAAGGUGUCUCUCACGCAGGUGCCCAGUUGGCUCUAGACUCUUAAUUAUGCAUUGGGUAUAACUGUGCAGACAUCUACAUAAUAAAGACCCAAUGCCUUUAUUUUCCUAUAAUACAUUGGCACAGAAAGUAGUCUUUCCAUUUUGCCACACUGUCAGACAAUGAGAUGACAGGAUAUGUUGAUUUUUAAGUGAACAACUUAAGUCACAUCACUUUUCAUAUUUAACCAGCAUUCAGUCAAGCCAUUAAAAGAUUAUGAAUUCAUUUAGAAUAAAUGUAGAAUAAGUAUCCCUUCAGGAUGUUUAAGCCCAGAGUUGUUGCUCUGUGUUCUUGGGAACUCAAAUUAUAACAUAGCGGAAAAAACAAUUUAGCAUCAAGUCCUAUGUGCUGUACAGUGCGAUUCAAUUUUGCAGAACAUUUUUUGGCACAGAUACCUCAUUUGAAAGCCUUUCUCUGAACCUGACUUUAUAUCAUGAAAUGUGUGCAAGGUCACGCUCACUGCUAAUGAAUAAUUGCCUUGACAUAAAACAUGAUGUCAGCUGUUAAAAUGUACAGGUGUUUAUAUUAAAGACUCUCUGGAGUCUAGCAUAAUAUGCACCAAUGUUCAACAUUUUAAAUGCAAAGAACUUUCAUCUGAAAUGGCUCAAUUUUAUUUUUUCCUUUUUUCUUUGGGCCUCUUCAAUGUUCAUUGACCUCAGUCCCUACUCACAUGGUUCGUACCAAAGAGGGUAGGCGUCAUUCCGCUAUGACCUGCUCCACCUUCACUCCGCUCCUCUUAACUCCCACCUGCAGCCACAAAUGGUACAGUCUGCAGCCACAGACACAACAAAACGCCAUCAUUACCAGCCCAGCUCAAAGGUGUCACAUCAAAGAUCUUCCAUCCCCUUCAUACGUCACAUAAAUCAUCCUCUUUGAUAAUCUGAAUUGCGCUGUGCCGCAAUGCCUCUCAACAAGCAGAUAGCAAUUCAGCAAUGUAUCACACGCCAUGUCUUUCUCCCAUGUCAUGUGCCUGUCUUUGUUUGACGGAACACUCGGCCUCAAACACUCAAGGAGCCUCAAACCCAGAAUGCAUUGCACGGAUGGAAUAUUUGCCACAAAAGCACCUCCGGGUGUUUUGUAGUUUUGAAUGUCACAACUGAAGCUGCUAAUGAUAUUGACAUUCAAGUGGAAAACAUCCCCGGCAUUUACAUUUGUUGUCCUUUUGCCCUAUACCUGAGUUGACUGGUGUGACAUUAGGCAAGAGCAGUGUCUGUCGAUGCGCGAGAUAUUGCUAAGUCCGCCAAGCCGCAGUGCGUUUUUAGAUGUGCGACUCAUUUUUCACUAUAAAAAUAUGGGGGAGACGGUGAAAUCCUAACCCGGGUUCUUCCCAGACAGUCAUACAUUGUUCUUUCACAUGAACUACAAAUGCUCAACGUAACAAAUAUGUAUCUUUAGGCUACUGUGUCCUUGCAUGAGAAUAGUUGUACAGUAUCAUUUUACUGAGUUCACACAAACAGGAAAUCAAAAUACUGUGUGUGUGAGGGCCCCUUAGGCCAUAAUGUACUUUAAUUUUCAUGAAUGAUCAUUUUGCAGUAUCUGGUAUCUAAAUACAAGUCAUUGCUAUGGGUCUUUUCCAGAUUCUGUAUGGGCCGCCAUUUCAAAAGUGAGUGUGCAUUUCUAAGGACCUGUGCUAGGGGAUGCUAUAAUAUGAUAAAUUAUAAUAAGUCAAAAUGUCAGAAUAAAUGGGUGUUUGCUGGUUUAGGAGCAUACUUUUGUGAUAGACUUUAGAAUGUUAGUUCUGCAGAAACUAAUUGAAUUAAUUGUCCAAACAAGUGAGAUGAUUCUGUUAUCUUAUAUCUGCAUGUGAACUGUGAUUGUUAGCUAGCUAUCUUGUUUUUAAAAAAAAAAAAAAAUGAAGAAAAAUGGGGAAAAAACUGCAGUUCCUGCUUCUACUUUUUUCUUUUUUUUCCCGUCUUGAUUUCUGUCCAAAAUUGUCACGUUGUGUUAUUAUGAAUGUUUGUGUUUUAAUUUAUUUGUGGUUUGCCAAAAUGGAGUUUUUGGAAGCAUGUCACAGGUAUUGUCACAGAAAAAAAAAGAUAUGUACCUGAACUCAGUGGAGUCUGGUGUGUGGGUGACUCGGAGCCUCUUCAUUGUGUGGAAUAAAGUAGACUAAGUGUGUUAUACAGGCCUCACUUAAACACCGCAGGCCAGUCAGAGCAAAACCAAACAUGAAUGUGCAAUAAAGUUAAAGGCUCAUUCAACCCUGUAGAAA